CACCCAGAACUUCCUCAGGCCAUUUCUUGAUUGGCGCAUUCGCCUUCUUUAAAAACACCCUUUUUAGCUCUCUCUCUCUCGCGUCCCUCAACCCCAAGCUCUCUCUUAGGCUGAUCCCUGCCAUUCUGAUUCUGGUUCUGAUUUCGCCUCCCCUGCUUCUUCACUCCUGAAAACAUGGACAAUGAGUUCGUCAUGCCGUGGCAAUCGCUCUCCUCGGGAAUGGCGGCUCAGCCCGCCGACCUGAAUUGCGCUUCCAAGCAAUCCCCCGAUUGCUUCUUCAUUCCGAAUUGGGACGAUUCUUCGACAGAUCAGGGUGGUCGCUUCGAGUCCGCGCUGAGCUCCAUAGUGUCCUCCCCUCCGGCCCCCUGUUCCUACAUUUCCAAUCAGAGUGUCCUGAUCAGGGAGCUGAUUGGAAAGCUCGGCAGCAUCGGGAACUCCGGCGAGGCGUCGCCGCAUUCCCUGGCCUUGUCGGGGAAUGCCGCCGCCACCGUGAUGCCUUACAUUGGCGGAAGCAAUGGUACUAACACGUCGUGUUAUAGCACCCCUUUGAAUUCGCCCCCGAAGGUGAAUUUCACGACGGUGGAUCGCGUGGUCAAGGAGAGAUUCUCCAGUGUGGCGGGGUUCACUGCUGAUCCUGGAUUUGCAGAGAGGGCUGCGAGGUUCUCGUGCUUCGGGAGCCGGAGCUUCAAUGGCCGGACGAGCCAAUUUUCCCCGAACAGUGGCGAGCUGCCUUAUAAGCCCAACCCGCUGAUGGAGAGCAGGAAAUUCCAGCGUGUCUCGAGUAGCCCAUCACUGAAGGCGUUGGGAUCUCAGGCAGCGGCCACCGUUCAGCAGAAUGUGAAUUCGGGACUGUCCGAUCGGAUGGAACUGACGAAUUCUAACGAGGAGUCCUCGGUGUCCGAGCAAAUCCCGCGCGGCGAAAAUGGAUUGAAGGCCUCGAACGAGGCGAAUUCCAGGAAAAGGAAGGCGGCUGCUAAGGGAAAAGCGAAAGAAUCCGCUCCAUCCACACCUGUUGCCAAUGCCAUGAAGGUACCCGAGUCUAAUGACAACCCGAGUCCGAAGCGAUGCAAGCCGAACGAAGGCGAUGAAAAUGGAAAUGGAACUGCCAAAGGGGAAGAUGAUGCCAAAGGAAAUAGUACUAAGAACGAUGCAAAGCCACCUGAGCCUCCAAAAGACUACAUUCAUGUCAGAGCAAGAAGGGGACAGGCAACCGAUAGUCAUAGUCUAGCCGAAAGAGUGCGAAGAGAGAAGAUCAGUGAGCGAAUGAAGCUCCUCCAGGACCUUGUGCCCGGCUGCAAUAAGGUCACUGGAAAGGCACUGAUGCUAGAUGAAAUCAUCAACUAUGUUCAGUCAUUGCAGCGUCAAGUUGAGUUCCUUUCCAUGAAGUUGUCCUCUGUCAAUACCCCUCUGGAUUUUAAUGCAGAUGCACUCAUGUCGAAGGAUAUGUUUCAGCCCAACAACUCUGUACCGUGUCCUAUGUUUCCAUUAGAUUCCUCAGCGACCGCCUUUCACGGCCACAAUCGACCUCAGAGUCAGCCACUGCCGCCACCGCUGCAAGGACACGGCCCUAGUGGCACAGCGACCCAAGUAGACCAAUUGAAUCUGGGACCAUGUCACAACGUUGAGUCACAUUUACCUCAUCUGAAUGAUCUUCAGUAUCAGAAUUUCUGUGGAGAUGACCUGCACAGCAUUGUCCAAAUGGGUUUUGGUCAAAAUUCAAAUCAAGAAACAGCAUUCCAGCAUCAAGCUUUCCAUGGUUGAAGAUAGCAUUCGAAGAUUAGGUCUAAUGAAGAAGACAAUUAGUCGUUUCUCUUCCUUCAAUUUUUGUCAAUGAUCUUUCCUUCCUCUGGGGCUAAUUCUCGAGGGGUUUUUUCUCAGAAUACCCUCUGUAAAAUCUUUGUACAAUUUCUUCUGGUGCAGAGUGUGGUAGCUAUACAUGUAUCAUAAUAUAUAAAAAUUCUAUGAAGAUGAAGGGAUUCAUUUCUCAUCUGCUAUA